AUGAAAGUUUCUGCUAUUGUCACCCUUACCCUAGCUGGACUGGUUGCCGCCGUCCCUGUUGAUCCCUCUCUCCAACGGAGAGGGAAACCCUGGGAAGUCAGCAACGAGAACAGCGGCACCGCAAACACAGGAGAUCAUGGCUACAACGAGGAUAGUGUCACCCAUGGUGAUGUUAAUGUGUUGAGCAGUGAUGACAAGAGUCAGACUAUGAAAGGCAAUGGAUGUCAGACAUCCAUAGGCAAGCGUGGUCUUGGUUCUCUCACUGACGUCCUGGGUGAUGUAACUGGCCCCGUUACUGGUAUCGUCGGUGGUGGUGCCAACAACGACAACAGCGGCACCGCAAACACAGGAGAUCAUGGCUACAACGAGGACAGUAUCACCCAUGGUGAUGUUAAUGUGUUGAGCAGUGAUGACAAGAGUCAGACUAUGAAAGGCAAUGGAUGUCAGACAUCCAUAGGCAAGCGUGGUCUUGGUCCUCUCACUGACGUCCUGGGUGAUGUAACUGACCCCGUUACUGGUAUCGUCGGUGGUGGUGCCAACAACGAGAACAGCGGCACCGCAAACACAGGAGAUCAUGGCUACAACGAGGACAGUAUCACCCAUGGUGAUGUUAAUGUGUUGAGCAGUGACGACAAGAGUCAGACUAUGAAAGGCAAUGGAUGCCAGAAAUCCAUAGGCAAGCGUGGUCUUGGUCCUCUCACUGACGUCCUGGGUGAUGUAACUGACCCCGUUACUGGUAUCGUCGGUGGUGGUGCCAGCAAUGACAACAGUGGCACCUUAAACACGGGGAAGAAUGGCUAUAAUGAGGACUCUGUCACUCAUGGCACCACCAAUCUGGCUAGCUCUGUCGACAAGAGUCAGGCCAUGAAAGGCGAUGGCAUUCAGGAAGCAAGGGGCUAG